AACCACCAAACUCGAGGCCUCCCUCGCCCUUCGACCUUGUAAUUCAGGGAAAGCUCGACCGCAGAGUUGAGCCCAGUCGGGCUCACAUAUCAGGUCUGGAUCGUGCCUGGAUUUAACAUCACUUAACCUCAGCUUCGACUUUCGUACGCCCGAUCAUGCCCACGAAGGUAUACAAACACCACCAAACAUCCCAAGUAUCAGACACCACAGCACCAAUACGCGCCCUGUGACUAAGCCUCCCUGCCCCCCGGUCUGAGGCCGAGAUUGCAGCCACAGGACUAGCUGGCCAGACCCAAACUCCGUCGAACAUGAUGACUCCCUGGUCAAUCGUUUCACUUGCGGCCGCAAACUUGCCAUCGCUUGAGUCCCCUCAUGCCAUCCUAGAUCAUUUCGCGCCAAUCAAAUCCGAAGUCUGGUCUCCCCAUGUGAUACUGUAUACUAAUAUUCUGGCCUUUUUGCGGCUCCUUUAGACUUUUAGCCCCAACCGGCUAGCAUUCAUGUCGGGCCCUGAUGGUUAUUUUAGAAAGUCCCGUUUCUUCAAAAGUCCUGCUGUCGCCAUGUCCGAGAUCCCUCCACGGCUUCUACCCUGUUUGUGGUGGACUGCUCGCCGCGGCGGCAUCCUCUUCUCUGCGCAUCGCACGCUUUCUUUGCAGCAGCCAACAUGAGUUCACAUUACUCUCGCCUGAACCGUCAAGACUCGAGCAGGGAGCGUAUGGUAGACGGCAUAAUCGGAUCUGACAACGAUGUUCCACUGAGAAGUAUGGAAGGGCACACUCCCGAAGCCUGGAGCCAGCCGGGAUAUAGCGACGAUUCACUCAAUGACCACCUGAAGGCUGGAGACCCAGAGUAUCUACAUGUGCGACCCGGAGUGACAGGUAUGGCCGGCCGUGUGAAGGUCCCACAAAUCCAGCGGUUAUUGACACGAAUCUCAAGGCAAAUCCUACAGAACAAACUCUGGGUUCAGCAUACCGUCGGUCGCAUCGUCGCCCUGGGAACAUAAACUCAACGAGAAACAUCUCCGGGAUGUGCCGACAGAUACCGAGACUGUCAGAUAUUUUGAUCCUCGCCGGCAGACACGCAGAGUGCUCAUUGAUUGUUUGAUGAUGUGGUUGUGGACGGCUGGAAUAUGUGGCGCCCUUGCAGGCACAAUGUAUGGCUUUUCCACCAUCAAGCUCGGGCUCUCCCAGACACAGAAAUACGUCUACAACGCCAUGAUCACCGGCCUGUCAAUUGUGCUCGGUCUUGCCUUUGCUGCACAGUUCAAACAGUAUGCCGAGAUGAUGCGAUGGAGAUUCCUCGCCUCGCAGUAUCGAACCAUCCAAGACUUUGAGGAUGUGCUGGGAUGCGACAGUUAUCGAAGCACUUUGCGCAUAAUGUGGUCAGGUCGGCGCCCGGGAACGUGGUACCCGAGCAAAGCUCAAGUGGUUGCGGCCAUUUGGUUACUCAUCUUCGUCGUGUUCAACACUGUCGCUGCCCUUCUCGGUUUGACAUAUUCCAUCGAUGUGUCGGAUGAAUUUGUAUCCGUUGGCACCGGCCUUGUCAACGUCGCCAACCUCCAAUACAUUGCAAGCCGCGAUCAACCCGACAAUGGCAAGGGCUACUCAAUGGAGUUCCAGAAAGCCGCCGCGAAUCUCUGGGGCCAAGUAGGCCAGAAUUUCCCCGUGGUCACGUCCACACUCGACACCUAUGACCCUGAGGGGUCUUCUGUCUUCACUAAUGCGGCGAGGGACUUGUGGUGGUACCGAUUCGUAGACUACGGCCCGGACCUCAAGACAAAUGUUGGUUCUUCAAGGACCGUGACGAGUCAAGCGCAUUGUGAGGAGUACACAGUCCUUUUCGGCGGAUAUGCAGGGUACAAUACCGACAACGCGACCUUGACCUAUUUACUCGAGUGGGAGGAUAACCAGGGCAAUGAUUUCGUUGAGAUCGUGACAAACGUGGCAACUGCGUUUACGACUUGGAUGGGCAAUUCCAGCAGUCAAAAUGUCGGCUGUGGCCCCCGAUGCAGCCGGAUCCUUGCGCUACAGUCGGCCGAUAACGACACUGUGCCAUAUCCUCGCAUAUGGUCGUGCAACAACACGGUGGGGCAAGUGGAGGGUCUCGAUGAGGCUGGCUUUCCUGAUCCCGACCUGCUCAAACUACCCGACGACCAAGCCUUCUACCUUGCGGGUUCAAUUGGCUGGACUGGUGUGGAGACAGAGAACGAUGAUCUCCAGUUUUUCCUUUUCGACGGCGACACUCCAUUCAAUCCGCCUGGCAAUGCCACAGCCGAGACCAUCGCGGAGCUGGUGAUGAGGUUCACAGUGGGUGCGGUGUCGGCCCUGGAUGCGGGGGGUGGACCACGGCAAAAUCUCACUGGCAAAGCCAGUCCGCGGCCCGCGCAGGUCGUCAACGUGAAAUGGGCCGACGCGGGGGCAAUCCUGGUCGGGAUCCCGGUCGUGCAGCUCCUCCUGCUCGUCGCCGUCGUGUGGUUCUCCGGCAAGGCCAUCAUCCUCGAGCCCAGCUUCAUGACGGCCGCGCACUUGCUGUACCCUGUCAUCAAGAAGGUCGGCAAGGACGGCUGCCUGUUCACCGUGGACGAGAUGGCCGAGAGGCUGGGUGACAACUACAAGAUCUCCUACGGGGUGCGUCCCGACCCCGCGGACCCGGGUCACCAUGACACCACUUUCGUUCGCGAUCUGGAUGUGAUCGAGGAGAGGGAAGGCUAUGGCUACAUUCGUGGCGCCUUCCCGGAGGGGAGAUAUGAUUGAGUCUCUCUCUCAUGAUGAUUUGUAUAGCAUUAUGCCAGGGAAUUGAGAUGUGAACAUAGAGUGUCCAGCGUUUUCUGUGAAUGAAAAGCAUAUGGUCUGAACAGCGAUGCAGCGUGACCGUCACAAUCUUAUGGGGCUUGCUCACCCAAAUUAGAAAAUAGCCGAACCCGCGAUACCUCAUUCGAUUGCCAAAGGGUUCAACUAUAUCAUUAAUGGGGAUUAACCCUGUACCAUUCAA